AUAUAAUAUAGGUACCUUCCUGACACCUGUAGGUAUUUAAACUGUUUAAACGUUUAGCAGAGCUAUUACUUUAACCAUGAAAAUGCUUAAUGCCAGCAGUAACCCCCUAGUGUGUCUCCCCUGCUGAUUUAGUAGCACAGGCAGGGUUUAUAUUAUUUGUACUUCUGAAGGCAAGGUUCAGAAUUACUUCUACAACUUGGAACUUGGGCAGGUACUGCUCCAAAUACAUUGUUCUGAGCAUCCCUUUGCAGGACAAAACUCAUAAUUAUCCUUUAUUUUCUCUUUAUAAAAGGUAUAGAAAAGAAAACCUAGAAUUUCCCUUUAGUUUGCCUGUGCGCUUUAUAGAUUUAUUCUUAGCCCCCUAGAGAGCCAGUUUUGGUUAUUGGCACAGUUACAGCUUAGCUUUAUUGCUUUUAUGUUCCUUUAUCUCAGGACUGGCAGCCGCCCUUUGCCUGCGAUGUCAAAAGCUUCUGCUUCACCCCUCGGGUACAGCGCUUCAACGAACUAGAGGCAAUGACCCGUGUCAAACUCGAUUUCUUGGAUCAGCUGGGAAAAUUUGGGAGCUGCAAGGUUCCGCGCUCAGAAUUCCAGUGGUGGAUGGCAAGCUGUUGGGUGGUUUCCAGUGAGGGGGGAUUUGAGGUUGUCACUAAAGAGAAGAAAUGGUCUCAGGUGGGCAAUCGGAUGGGAUACCAGCCAGGCAAAGGCACAGGCUCUCUUCUGAAGUUGCACUAUGACCGAAUCCUCUACCCCUACGAGCUGUUCCAGUCUGGCGUCAGCCUGAUGGUAAGAAAUGCACCUAGAAUAUUCUAGAGAGAAACCUUCUGUUUCAGUUUUUAGUAAAGGUACCGGUAUAGGACCUGUUAUCCAGAAUGCUCGGGACCUGGGGCUUUCCGGAUAAGGGGUCUUUCCGUAAUUUGGAUCAU